AUGACUGUCGGAAUCGAGACUUCGGACGCUGCAAUGACGUCGCCUACGAGCUCGAGCGGCACAGGCCCCGAGUCUCUUCGGUUGUCAGAGAUUGAGAGUGCCCAUUUAUGUCCAGCAGGGCGUAUGAAGAUGGAAGAACUCUUUCGUCAGUGGCUUAAUUUGGACGGUACAAAAGAGAUGAUUCAGACGAUGGUAGCGGACUUGCGACAGGGUAAAGAGCUUAAUCUGGAGACGUUAUUAGCUACUGUUAAUACAGUGGCAAGUGGGGCCGACUCACCUUCGCGUAGUCCGAAGCCUCCACCUAAUUACCAGCAGUAUGGACUGCUCAGUCCCGGCUCAGUCGGUAGUCCCAGUGCACGGAGACGUCAUCAACAUCUAGUGAGUCUAUUUGGAGAUGAACUUCAUACUGCUGUUGCUGCAGCAGCUGCUGUAGCAACGGAGAUGGAAGGAGGUACCAAGUCUGAGGCAGUAGCUGCUGUGGUGCCAUUUACGGCGUCAGACGACGUGGACAUGACCACCCGAGACAAUGAAACUGUUAGUGAUAAGAAUGAAGGAGAAAACACUAGUGAAACAUUUGCAGAAAAUCAACAGGAACUUGUAGAAGCGGUGUCUUCUGCGGAUACGGACGAAAACAUGGAGGAGGAGGAGCAGAAGCAGCGGGUGGUGGAAGAAGCUCUUACGAACGAGGAGACUGCAGCAAACGAGCUUGACUACCCCAUGGAUAAUGGGGCGUUGAAGCAGGAUCAGAUACCCAGAUUUUACGCACCAGGCGAAGGUCGACGUGGCCGGCUGCGUGGCUUGUCCACGGACGCUAUGGCGCGCAAGGCAUCAGACAUUGAGGCGCGCUUCCGUGAGUUUCCGGAGGGCAUGAAGGUUGAAGAUUUCGUGGCUAUUACGAAGGAUCUGUGCGGUUUCCCUUCAUUUUUCAACGCACCGUUUUUCCGACGCAUCCUUGCAACCUGCGAGGAAGCGGGGGAGGCUAUGCUUAAGUCACAUUUGAUUUCUGCAGAAGAGGAUGCAUCUAGCCCCACGAGCGCUGAUGGCGGGGUGGUACCGCAGCGUAUAACAAAGGAUAUGUUUCAUAAUUACUGGAUGCGCGAGAUGGCUCCGUGUGACAGCUUGGAACGCUUUUUUAGAGUAGUGAAGCAGCCAAAGAAUGACUUCAUAGAGCGAGACGACUUCGCGCCGUUUUUGCAUGAACUGCUAAAGUAUCAUCCUGGUCUUGAGUUUCUUGGGGGUACGCCCGAAUUUCAGGAGAAAUACGCCUUGACGGUUGUCGUACGGAUAUUUUACUCGGUAGAUAGAGACAGCAGUGGCCGAAUCACUCUGCGAAAGCUGCGGCGCAGCAAUCUCAUCAGUGCAUUCAACACUGUAGAUGAGGAAGAAGACAUCAAUAAGGUGAAUUCGUAUUUCUCAUACGAGCACUUUUACGUGCUGUACUGCAAAUUUUGGGAGCUAGACACGGAUCACGACUUCCUUCUCAGUCCCGACGACCUUGUACGCUAUGGCGGCCACGCCCUUACACGUAUCAUUGUGGACCGUAUUUUCGAACGGGGACGGCGCCCGUUUGCUCGUGUCCAGACGCUAACUGCUGAAGAAAAGAAGAAGAUGAGCUACGAGGACUUCAUAUACUUUAUGCUCUCGGAGGAAGAUAAAGCAAACCCUGUCAGUAUUAGGUAUUGGUUCGAGCUUAUCGACACGACCGAGGACGGUGUGCUGCGUGCCGAUGAGAUGCGCGUAUUUUAUCGACACCAGAUACAUCGCAUGGAGUGUCUUGGCCAUGAAGUGGUACCGUUUGAGGACAUUCUGUGUCAGAUGUCGGACUUGUUGCAUCCGGAAAAGGAGGGCGAAUUUUAUCACAAGGACUUUAUUCGUCCCGAUAAGAUUCGCGUCUCGGGUGUGUUCUUUAAUGUGCUGUUCAACCUUAGCAAGUUCAUCGACUUUGAGCAACGUGACCCGUUCCUACUGCGUCAACAAAUUGCCGAACCCGAGCUUACAGACUGGGAUCGCUAUGCUCGAGCCGAGUACGCACGGCUGGCUAUGGAGGAAGAAAGCCGUGACGAGGAUACUGCAAUGGACAUUGAUACCAUGGACGGGUGGUAUGUGUCCGAUGAGCAGGAGGAAGAAGCUCAGGAGGACGGUGGUACUAUCGCUGACGGUGCAGCGAGUGGUAACGAAGGCCGAACGGUUGAAGCCCCUUUUUAA